AUGGCCGGAAAAUACUACAGUCCCUACGCCCCGAGGGGUCGCACCAACAGUACGCUGGUCGUGGUUUGGAUCGGCGGCUUCCUCACCCUGCUGUUCUUGACAUACUGGAUCUCGACCAGGCACGCCGACAAGGCGCGUCACUACGCCGACAAGUUUGCGCACCCACCCAUGCCGCAAAAAAUUAAAACAAACAUGUGGCCCAUCAUGACCCUCAAGCGUCACACAUAUCGUCCACUCCCCUGCUCCCCACCCCCUUCGCCAGCACUGCUCGCCCCCCACCCCUCUGAGGAUGAGGUCAUGGUGGUGAUCGACCGACCGCGUGGUGUGUAUACUGGUCAACACCGUGUGCGGCGCAUCGACGACAUGGCCCGCGACUCACGCCGGUUGCGGCUGCGGCUGCUGAUGCAGCUGGAGAGCAGCAGGCGGGAGGGGGACUGCCGAUUGUGGUGA